CGCGCUCAUAUACUAUUCGCAUCUAUACUCGCUGCUUGCCCGCGAGGGAAUCUCUACUCCUCACUCUCUUCUUGCAAAAUCCCCCCGUCUCUCUCUGUCUCUCUGGUUGCUCCAAUGGCUUCCUUACUGAGUAGAGACCAGUACGUGUACAUGGCGAAGCUCGCGGAGCAAGCCGAGCGCUACGAAGAAAUGGUCCAGUACAUGGAGAACCUGGUGACAGGCUCCAACCAGGUCUCCGAGCUCACAGUGGAGGAGCGCAACCUCCUCUCCGUCGCCUACAAGAACGUUAUCGGCUCGCUCCGUGCCGCUUGGCGCAUCGUGUCCUCGAUCGAGCAGAAGGAGGAGGGCCGCAAGAACGAGGAUCGCGUCGCGCUUGUCAAGGACUAUCGCUCCAAGGUCGAGUCGGAACUCUCAGAGGUCUGCGCCGGGAUUCUGAGGCUGAUUGACUCGCAUCUGGUUCCGUUGGCUUCGACCAGCGAGUCCAAGGUGUUUUACCUGAAGAUGAAGGGGGACUACCACCGCUACUUGGCUGAGUUCAAGAUCGGAGACGAGAGGAAAGCGGCGGCUGAGGAUACUAUGCUGGCUUACAAAACAGCUCAUGAUCUAGCACUUACCGAUCUUGCUCCGACACACCCUAUAAGGCUCGGGCUGGCGCUUAACUUCUCAGUUUUUUACUAUGAGAUUCUGAAUUCGUCAGAGAAAGCUUGUAACAUGGCAAAGCAGGCCUUUGAGGAAGCUAUUGCUGAGCUGGACACAUUGGGUGAGGAAUCCUACAAGGAUAGCACGCUCAUCAUGCAAUUGCUGAGGGACAACCUUACUCUUUGGACUUCAGACAUGCAGGAGCAGAUGGAUGAGGCAUAACUAAUGAAAUGUUGUGCUUCUCGGAGGAGGUGGGCUUGAAUGUCAUAAAUUAUCUGUAAUCUGUGUAAUGCUGAUGAACUUUGUCUUUCUAUAUACACCAUGUUCAUAGGAUGAUUUGUUUUAAUUUUUUUUUCUUUUUUGUGAUUUUGUGGCUUAAAUCACACUCCUGAUAGUUUUCUUACACUUGCUUUAUUUUUAUUUUCUUAUUGAUUCCAAAUGUCUCUAGUAGUAUCAACUGGAGGUGUGUAAAUGACUUCAUCAAAGAUAAUUUGUAAUACCCAGUUUGAUUCCCA